AAGAAUUCUAAGUUAUCAAUUCCACUCCAUACAUUUAAAAAGCAACUCAAAUUUGUUUUAAAACCGUUCUCCCGUAAAAUUGAUCAAAGUGGGGUUAUACUCUAAUAAUCGAGCACUGCCUUCAAAAAUUCAUAAAUAUCAGAAGCCUGCAUAGAGAAAAGAAAAUGUCAAAUGCGAGGCCAGAAUUUUUGGAUAAAGGUUUCGUAGAAAAUGGCCAAAAACUUUUAAAAUUCGUUAUGGAAUAUCAUAAUAAUAUUAGAAAUUUUCCUGUUAGGCCAACUCCUGCCUUGAAACCGGGAUAUUUGAGAAGCAUACUGCCUUCCAAAGCUAAUGAGCAACCAGUGGACUUCUCCAGUUUGUAUUCGGAUAUAGUUAACAUAAUUUUGCCCGGGAUCGUGCAUUGGCAAAGUCCAAAGUUUCACGGAUAUUUCCCUACAGGAUGCUCAUACCCUUCCUUAUAUGCCGACAUUAUAUCUGCAGCCUUUAGCUGUAUAGGCUUUAACUGGUCGGCAUGUCCCAUAUACACAGAAUUAGAAAUAGUCAUGGUUGAUUGGAUAGCGAAAGAAAUGGGUCUUGCAAAAAAGUUUCUGUUCGAAGCAAAGUUAGGGGGCGGAGGGAUAAUUCAAGGCUCAGCAAGUGAAGCCGUUACAGUCUCGAUAAUAGCGGCCAGAGAAAAAAAAAUUUCAGAAAUUCUUGCAAACACAUCUCAAAAUCUUACCUACUACGAAAUUCUAUCCAAACUAAGAGCCUAUGCAUCAGAUCAAGUUCAUUCUUCAGUAAUAAAAGCUGCGCGGCUGAGCGCUAUAAGGUUAACUAUAAUAGAAUCUGAAAGUGAUUUGCGAUUAGGAGGAGAUCGUUUGCUGGAACAUAUUAAAAAAGACACAAAUGAAGGAUUGUUCCCAUUUUUCGCAAGCACUAACAUUGGUACAACAAAUACCUGCGCGUUUGAUGAUGUUGAAACUAUUGGAAAAAUAUGUCAAGAGCACAAAAUUUGGCUUCAUGCAGACGCUGCAUACUCAGGAGUUUUAUUUUUUAUAGAGGAGUUUCGAAAGGUCCUUCCCAAAAUUGAUUUGGUUCAAUCUUUCGCUUUUAAUCCUCACAAACUGAUGGAUAUUUGUUUCGAUUGCUCUAUGUUAUGGAUAGAAGAUGGUAACGCGAUGAAAUCAGCCUUAGGUAUAUAUCCUACAUAUUUGAAAAGUGACGCUCAAGACAUUAUAGAAUUCAAGGAUUGGCAAGUACCUCUCGGUCGAAGAUUUCGAUCUUUGAAAAUAUACUUUCACAUCAAGCUAUUAGGAAUGGAACACAUUAGAUCUCAAAUUCGAAAUUAUAUUAAAUUAGGUGAGUAUUUUGAAUCGUUGGUACAAAAAGAUGGACGUUUGUUUAUACCAUAUCCUGUUGCAUGUGGAAUGGUCUGCUUUUAUUUGAAGAAUUCCGAUUCUCUGACUCGGUACUUAUACAAAAAGUUAAUCGAACGGGAUAUAUAUUUGACAUCCACAGAGGUUAAAGGGCGAUUACUAGUAAGAUUUCCUGUGGGUUGUUCAAAAGUUGACAAAGUAGAUUUAGAUGAAUCAUGGAAAUUAAUCUCUGAAGUUUUAGACGAUGUGUUGACUGGGAAAGAUUAUUAAUUUAAAUAUUUUUCUACAGAUUUGGUUAAAUUUAAAUCAUAUUCUCAUUUCUAAUAAUAAGUAUAUUUUUAACAAGUUAUUUCGAUG